CAAGGAUGCCAGGCGCUUGUAGCUAGUGUGGGGCAAACCACGUCAACGGGCCAAGCUCUCUGUUUGGCAGCCCACCAACGCCUCAGCUAGUUACGUGCCUGUUUAUCCAUCUGCCACCCAAUCGUCCCAUCUAAUACACUUCCCCGCUCUCGUGCAUACUUAACAGCUUGCGUCCCGCCCUACUCCAGCUUCAGCUUACAUAUCUCAUUCCCUCACAUCAACUGCUGAAGCAAUUCCAACGGAGAAACUCCUAGCACGUCAAAGCAAUCAGAAGCGCGGAGUAAACACUACAACACGUCAUGGCUAGCGACGAAAACAAGCCCCAGGUCGACGAGACUCCCAUCUCCCCGAUUCGCCCGGACAACAGGCGCAAGAAUUCGCUUGAGGAGCACUUGCAGCAUCGUCCUGAGCGAGCUGAGCUCGUCGAAAAGAACAUUCUCCCCGAUUCAACCGCUGCACCAGGUUUGCAAGAGAAGCGGAAAGAGCUCGAGAAACACAUGCGCGCCGACACACUGAAUGACAAGAUCCAGCACCGCCCCGCCCCCGAGCAGCUCCUGAAGGAAGGCGUCCUGCACGAAGAUCCACGAUCGCCCGAGGAUAAAUAUACCGAGGCCAUUGAGGAGGAGUAUGCCAAGCGAGAGGGCGGCGCUUGAGUGGUGUUUGAGUGAGUUUGUCAAAACGUAGGCGUCACGAAGCCUCGGAAGGGCUGGAAUGAUUUCAAUGAUAUCCGCAAGAGCUUGGGUCUAUAUAUUCCUGAAAUGAAAAAAAGUAUACUCUUACAUUUGGGGGGAUGGACUGCAUAGCCCCCGACCAUGACUGAACUAUAUUUUGUUGAUUGCUGAGUUGAUUGUGAGACUCUGAUGACUUGCUGUAGUACACGCGAGAGGCUUGAUCUACAAAGCUAGCUGAUGGCUUUGAGUGAUUGUACAUAAUCCGUACAAGGUUCAUUCCCCACGUUUCAGUCCAGAAUGGGCUCGGAUUGUGGCGCGGAUACCGGUUGGAAUGCCGUACUAUAACAACCAUAGAAAUACCGUUGGUAACUAAAAUAUUU